AUGACUGCCAAGAAAGGCCACUCUAAAGUGCCGACUGUGGGAGUCCGCACAGAUCGUGUACUCCAGCUAACAGAACCUGUCAAACGGCCCUUCCCCAAAUUCGAAGAGUAUGACGAGUCGGGCGCGUGCAUGAUGCCCUACCGCGCAUUCCCGUAUGACUGGAGCGGACGUCAGACUCAGGCACCGAGCCUCGAUGUCUGUUGGGCCGACAACGCCAGCCGGGGGAUGCUCAGGCUUUGCCGGCUGGAACAGAACGGGGCGACGGAUCUUCAGGCGCGAGAGGUCUAUUCAGGCAGCGAGAUGAACCGAACGAAUGCGGUUACUGCUGCGCGCAAUUUGAGACAAAUUUCAUAG